AUGACCACUCCCAUUAAGUUCGGGACCGAUGGUUGGAGAGCCCUGAUCGCAGAGGACUACACCUUUGCCAAUGUGGCACGCUGUGCCCAGGGAUUGAUUGACUAUCUGCUGGAAACAGGGAUGGCUGACCGUGGUCUGGUGGUAGGUUACGAUACGAGGUUCUUGUCCCGGGAAUUUGCAGAAACGGUUGCCAGCGUAUGUGCCGGAAAUGGUGUGCGCGCUUUUCUGACGCAGUACACAGCUCCCACGCCCGUUGUAAGCUUCAGUGUCUUGGCACAGCAGGCUGCUGGAGCCGUUAUCAUCACUGCCAGCCACAACCCGGGUAACUGGAACGGGUUCAAGUUCAAGCCCGAGUAUGCCGGCAGCGCCACCGACGAGAUUACCAAUCGACUGGAAGAGAGAAUCGAAGCUGUCGAGACACCAAAGUCUCAUCCGCUAGCAACGGCGAGAGAAAAGGGGUUGGUGCAGGAUUUUGACCCCAUGCCGGCUUACCUGGAACGAGUGGCCUCGCUGGUCGAUCUGCCUUUGAUACGAUCUGCGGGCCUGAAAGUGAUGGUUGAUGCCAUGUUCGGGGCAGGAGCGGGCUACUUCCCCAACUUGAUUGCAGGAGGACAAACCACAGUUGCUGAACUCAACGGAUACAGAAAUCCGGCAUUUCCGGGCAUGGACCAGCCCGAACCGAUUGCCCAUAACCUCUCCACUCUCUUGGCGCAGAUCCCGGCGGCGGAAGCUUCAGUUGGCAUUGCCCUCGACGGGGAUGCUGACCGGGUGGGCAUAGUUGACGAAAAGGGCAACUUCAUAAGUACCCUCGAGGUCUUCUCACUUCUGGCCUACUAUUUGCUGGAAUACAAAGGGCUAAGAGGUCCGAUAGUUAAGGGAAUAACCUCGUCAAUAAUGCUGAACAAGUUAGCCGAUCGUUAUGGCGUGGCCGUUCAUGACAUGAAGGUUGGGUUCAAAAACAUCGGGCCCAAGUUUACGGAAGUUGACGGUGUGAUGGGCGGCGAAGAGAGUGGCGGGUUCGCCUUCCGAGGCCAUAUACCCGAACGAGAUGGAAUCCUUAGCGGUCUUUACAUACUGGAAUGCAUGGCUCGCACCGGGAAGACUCCGUCCCAGUUGAUUGAGGAGUUGUUCUCCAUCGUCGGCCCCCACUAUUACCAUAGACGUGACGUUGCCUUAGAAUCCUCAAAGAAACCGGAGAUCGCGUCCAGGAUAGAGUCAGACCGGUUGACCGAACUGGCAGGUUUACCCGUCAGGGGGUCGGAUGAUAUCGACGGCAAGCGCCUCUUCUUUGAUAACGCCUGGCUGGCAUACCGGUUUUCCGGCACCGAACCAUUGCUCCGGAUUUAUUGCGAAGCGGAAAGCGCCGAGUUCGUAGACCGGCUUCUGGACGCUGCCUCAGAGUACCUUGGAGUAUAG